UUUUUUGUUGUUGUUGUGUGGCUUCCUUGAGGCGCAGUUUUGUUUUUUGAUAAUUACAUUACUCACAGCACAGCACAGUACAGCUCAGCUAAGCCGAACCAAUGGCGCUGGUGGAUCAUGAUUCCUGGGACAUCGAGUACGAGGGCUGCGAGCGACUGCGCCACCAGCUGCUCGUGUACCUCAAUCAGCGCCAGCAGCUCAAUCCGAAGGCGAGUCAGUACGUCCAACUCACGGGCAACAUAACGUCCGGAUUGGAGCAACUGGAAAAGGACAUGAAGCACCUGAAGGUGGUGCUGGACAACGCCAUCACCUGGGAGACGAGCCCCGAGGAGGAACUGCAGCAGAGGCGUAUCGACUGGGACCGACUCACCUCGCAGCUUCGCGAGAUCCGCGAGAAAUUCGCCAACAGCACCCGCUCCAAUGUCCUGGCCGCCGCCUCAACCUCCGCUUGGCAGGAUCAGGCUCUCUCCCCGGGUCAAAGUAGUUCCACCUUAGAUGUGGAGACCCUGAAGCAGCGAAAGAUCGAAAUGCUGGAACAGCAGAACCAGGGCCUCGAGGUUCUUUCAGCCACAUUGUCCAGGCAGCGUCAACUGGCCACCCAACUGGGCAACGAAGUGGAGGACCAGAACAACAUCCUGGACAAUCUGGCCAAUGCCAUGGACCGCGUGGAGACGGGCGUGCAGCGGGAGACCCAGAGCAUUGGUCAGGUCAACCGGCGGGACAGCACCUGGGGCUACUGGCUGGUCAUCAUCGCCUUGUUUGUGGCCAUUAUCGUCGUGGUCGUCGUCUAGUGGCCACCAUCUAUUCCAGUUUGUUAAAAGUCAUUGCUUUAUAUUAUGACCUGCGUGGAAUGUCUAUCUGUCGUUAACCCAAAGUUUGAUUAUUUAUGUAUACACCAAUUAAAAUAGGAUUUAUAAGUAUCUA